GAGGAGCUUGGAGAAGCAGUUGCUGAGCGAUCUCGGGAGCGCGUGGACUUCGGGCAGGAGGACUUCGCCCACGGGGGAAUAGCAGCGGCAGCCUCUCCCCCCACAGCAUCAAUCCAGUUUUUCUUUUUUGUUUUGAUUUUUAAAAAACCUUUGGCUGAACGCUGCUUUGUUUUAUCUCCUUUGCUCCCCUUUCUCUUCCACCCUGCCAAACAAAGGAAAUAGAAGGAAUUCCGAUUUUCAGAAGACAUGCGUUCCAUCAGGAAGAGGUGGACUAUCUGCACGAUAAGUAUCCUCCUGAUCUUUUACAAGACAAAAGAGAUUGCACGAACGGAGGGGCACCCGGAGGCGCAACCCAGCGGAGAUGGCGAGCAAAGUUUAAGUAGAUCAGUGGUCAAUAGCUCUGAUAAAAUAAACCGGAAGAGUGGCUCUUCAGUGUUCCAGCAUUCUGUAGAAAGAUGGAAAAUCAAUUCCUCCUUGGUGCUGGAAAUAAGGAAGAAUAUUCUUCGAUUCUUGGAUGCCGAAAGAGACAUCUCAGUCGUCAAAAGCAGUUUCAAGCCUGGAGAUGUAAUCCACUAUGUGUUAGACAGACGCCGUACACUAAAUAUUUCUCAGGAUUUGCAUAGCCUGCUUCCUGAAGUUUCUCCGAUGAAGAAUCGUCGAUUUAAGACAUGUGCUGUUGUAGGAAAUUCUGGCAUCCUCCUCGAUAGUGGGUGUGGAAAAGAGAUUGACAACCAUGAGUUUGUUAUAAGGUGCAAUCUAGCUCCUGUGGUGGAGUUUGCUGCAGACGUGGGAACUAAAUCAGAUUUUAUUACCAUGAACCCAUCAGUUGUACAAAGAGCAUUUGGAGGCUUUCGGAAUGAGAGUGACAGAGAAAAAUUUGUGCAUAGACUAUCUAUGCUGAAUGACAGUGUCCUUUGGAUCCCUGCUUUCAUGGUCAAAGGCGGAGAGAAGCAUGUGGAGUGGGUUAAUGCAUUAAUCCUUAAGAAUAAAUUGAAAGUGCGAACUGCCUAUCCAUCACUGAGACUUAUUCAUGCUGUCAGAGGUUACUGGCUAACCAACAAAGUUUACAUCAAGCGACCCAGCACAGGACUCCUUAUGUAUACCCUCGCAACGAGGUUCUGUGAUGAAAUUCACCUCUACGGAUUCUGGCCCUUCCCAAAGGAUAUAAAUGGAAAACCCGUCAAAUAUCAUUAUUAUGAUGACCUAAAGUACAGAUACUUUUCGAACGCCAGUCCCCAUAGGAUGCCAUUAGAGUUUAAAACACUGAACAUGUUACAUAAUAGAGGAGCACUUAAAUUGACAACAGGGAAAUGUAUACAGCAAUAAUGCACAAGUCAAGUACCAAGAGAAAUACAGGAAAUUCAGAUUUUUUAGAACAGCAGUGGGAUCCAAGCAGUGGAUAUAGCCCAGUGCUCUGUACCAAGCCAUCAGAGAAUAAGGAAGUGCGUCAAGACUCUAUUACCAGCUAAUGUUUUACCUGUUGAAGUGCUAAAUCUUGAGUGCAAUGGUUCAAGUAAGUGCCACUUUUGCUAAGAACAAAUCUUGAAUGUAUACAAUCAGUAGUGUUUACAAGAUCCAACAAUGCAUUCAUCACUUGUUAAAGAAGCAAAUGACUUGCUCACUGCUCAUUUGCCUCCACACAAAGUCAGGCAACGUCCAAAGGAAUACCUAGGCAUUGGGAUGUGCCCGUAGAGAAAGGAACCAAAUCAAGGUGGAACUGGCAGAGCAGUGGAUCAUAUCUCAAAGUUCAAGUAAAGCACCCUUAGAGGAAUGCCUGACUGUAUUAUAACCCUUUUCUCUUUUUCUUUCCCGUUUUUAAAAUUGUCAUGCAUUUCUCAUGGUGUUUGGGUAUUGGAACUCUGGAAGGGAUUUUGAAAAGACAAUAUUAUGGACAUUGUAAGUGAACUUCAAGAAGUGGUCUUAGAAGAAUGUCUUAUUUUUUAAAAAAAACCCUGAAACUUAAAAUCUGCAUUGUAUCAUCUUGUUCAGCUUAAGCUUGGUAAAUGCAUUAGAGCUAAAACUGCCUCCAUGUGAGGGCUUAUUGAGGCUGUAAUAUGCAGAGCCAUUCCCCUGGUUUCACAGGCCCCGGAAGAUGCUCUAUACUAGCAUUAACCGUUGUCAGAAAGAUGUGGUGCUGACAAGACUGAUACUUAACCAUAUAUCCUCCUCUUAUACAAAGUGGACAGUGGUGGAAGAAUGAUCUCAGAGAGGCUGUUUUGAGCAGUAUAAAAAACAGUAUAACUUGACUGCUAGGGCUUAGAAUCUCCCAGUUGCUUUAUGUGCUUCUGUUGGAGGGAAUGAUAUAAAUAUGCUUUCAAAUGAAAAACAUUCUUCCUGGUCUCCUCUGUUUUAAAGAAAAAGCAGUUGUGAGAUCCUGAUCCAGAUGACGUGUACAUUCCAGGUUGGGGCUCCUGCAUCUAUUCUCAAUUAUUAUUUGCCUUCAAACAGCAGCAACAAAAGGAAAUAUUUCCAAAUGGAGGUUGGCUUGUUGAAAUCUGAUUGGGAACAUGUUCUGGCUCAGGGUUUCACAUGGCUUUCUCUUCAAAAUGUCAUUUUAAAAGCAACUAUCUGAAGCAUGUUUUUUUAAAGCACAUCCACAAUAAUAGAUCAUAUGAUAAAGUUCAGGAGUAUCCAUGGGGGGGGGGGAGUGUCAAAAAAGGGGUGAGGUUUGAUUGCAAAACUGCAGCCACCAUCUUGACCUUUUUUUGACUCUCACGGGCUCCUGCCAAAGGCUCUGAUAAAGGACAAGCUAAAUGGAGAAGAAAUCCAUGUAGUUUGCCCCUAAGGCAUAAGUUAACCACCCUCAAAGCAUUCAUAUUCUGAGCAGUUAUUAAAGCAAGAUUGUUUUCUUGUAUGGCAAAUGAAGAGAAUAUCAUUAACAAGCAGGUGCCCUUACAUUUGGUACCAAAGAUUAUGCUGAUUUUGUAAUUGAUGAUGUACGUUUAUUUUCCUUGUAUUGACAAAAACAUGUACAUUUAGUGCUAUCACUGUGUUGCUGUGCUGCUGAGGAAACUGUUUUCAGUCACCUCUGUUUCCUGUUAACUUAGUAGCUAGAUUCUGUUUGAAUGACAAAUUCCUUCACUUGACUUGGUUCUGUUUUUGAAUAUUUUAUUAAAUAUUGAAUAUUUCAAACAGAGCAAAACAGAUUUUUCUCGCUUCUUAAUUAGAAUGUGCCCAUAAUUUUCAUUAAUCAAAACAGGAAAGUAGAAAUCAUGAAAAGAACAUUAAUGCCUAGUUCAAA